UCCAGACCCGCGCCGCGCGCUUUCUCCGACAGCUGCUCCGCUCGCCCCGCGCGCUCUCCCGCGUCUGGUCCGUCCGUCCCCGCCGCGUCCGCCGCCACAACCAUGACCACCCAGCAGAUCGUCCUCCAGGGCCCGGGACCCUGGGGCUUCCGCCUCGUGGGCGGCAAGGACUUCGAGCAGCCUCUCGCCAUUUCCCGGGUCACUCCUGGAAGCAAGGCCGCCGUAGCUAAUUUAUGUAUUGGAGACAUUAUCACAGCCAUCGAUGGAGAAAAUACCAACGGGAUGACGCAUUUAGAAGCUCAGAACAAAAUCAAGGGCUGCACAGACAACAUGACUCUCACAGUAACCAGAUCUGAACAAAAAAUUUGGUCUCCUCUAGUGACUGAGGAAGGGAAACGCCACCCAUACAAGAUGAAUUUAGCCUCUGAACCCCAAGAGGUCCUACACAUAGGAAGUGCCCACAACAGAAGUGCCAUGCCCUUUACUGCCUCACCUGCCUCUGGCACUGCCCCCAGGGUCAUCACCAACCAGUACAACAACCCAUCCGGCUUGUACUCCUCUGAAAACAUCUCCAACUUCAACAAUGCUGUGGAGUCAAAGACUGCAGCCAGUGGAGGAGAGGCCAAUGGCAGACCCAUGGACCACGCUCAGGCAUCAGGGGGCCUAAUCAUCGACAAGGAAUCUGAGGUUUACAAGAUGCUGCAGGAGAAGCAGGAGUUGAAUGAGCCCCCGAAGCAGUCCACUUCGUUCCUGGUUCUGCAGGAAAUCUUGGAGUCAGAUGAAAAAGGGGACCCCAACAAGCCCUCGGGAUUUAGAAGUGUGAAGGCUCCAGUCACCAAAGUGGCUGCCUCCAUUGGAAAUGCUCAGAAGCUGCCCAUGUGUGACAAAUGUGGCACUGGCAUUGUCGGGGUGUUUGUGAAGCUUCGAGAACGUCAUCGCCACCCUGAGUGUUACGUGUGCACCGACUGUGGCACCAACCUGAAGCAGAAGGGCCAUUUCUUCGUAGAGGAUCAGAUCUACUGUGAGAAGCACGCCCGGGAGCGGGUCACCCCCCCUGAGGGCUACGACGUGGUCACCGUGUUUCCCCAGUGAUGCACAGGCCACACCGGCUGGGCUCCCAGCGCGGUGGCGUCCCUCUCCUCUGCGGACAGCCCGCCUUUGCUCGGUGUUUCCCUGGCUCCCUCCGUGCAGGCCCUCCUUGGGCUGACUGACUCACGCUGGCAGUGUGAGGCGGCCUUUGACGGCUAAUGGCACUGGCUCCGUUCGUGGUCCUGACAGCAUCGCCGCCUCCUUCCUCACCUUGGUCCCUCUCUGCUGCAAAUGGCCGUCAGCCCCUCUCAGGAUUUAAUACGUCUGAUACGGAUUUCCUUCUUCCCCAAUA